AGGGUAUGACUCCGGCGACGGCAGAGGUGAAAGUUGGAGGGAGAAAACGGAAGAAUGAUGAGCCGGUUUUUAUCAAGACAAAACAAUCGAGGUCAGCUCGUCGAGAAGAAGAAAAAGAAAAUCUUUUGAACAAAUCUCUUCCGUCAACUCCAACUUCAUCAGAGGCCGGAAGUUCUCGGGAAUCUUCAAAUCCAGUCACAAGCUCCAGUAGACGAAAGAAUCCACCUACCAAAUUAGAAAAUAUUCAAAAAACGUUGCCGACUUGCAGUGACGGACUUGAAAUUCGCAAUUAUGUGAAAAAAUAUGGAUUGCCGGAAGAUAACAAGUUUCUCGUUCGUAAUGUCUUCGACAAACAAUUAUUAUUUGGAAAGAAAUAUGUGUGUAGAAGGCGUGUGAUUAAAAGCAUCGAUGAAUUUUUCCCGCGACUAAAGACCGAUGCGCACAGAGAAAAUGGUUUAUAUAAUUUCUGUACUCUACAAUUCAUGAAAAUAUCCUCCUGGGGAAGUUCGAUGGAUGAGAAGAUUUAUGUUACUUCUGCUGCAAUUGUUCAAAGCUACGUGAUAAUUGUCGACGAUAAUGAUUCAGUCACCUGCAUUGAAAAUGGAAUCUCAGUUAUUCCAAUGGCGAAUAGAACGUUACCAUCUAUCUCCUAUAACAGUUCAAAUGUAAAAAAUAUCACUUUGACGGGCCCUGAACUGAAAAAGGCAAAAAACGUAUAUCUCGCAGUGAUUGUGAAACGAAAAACACCAAAACUUGGAGAAAAUCGAGUUGGGACAAGAGGAAAAUCAACUCGAGCAUCAUUCGAAACGGCUGCUUCCUCAGAAAACUUUCAGCAACUUGUUCGUUUUGGGUGCACUUUGAUGUAUGAUAAGGAUGCUGAAAUUAACUGCCUAAAUGACGGAGUUCAACGUAUUAUCUUACUUGAUCGAGAAGAAAAGCCAGCGUAUUUGAAAAUUUUCGGGAAGGCCGAUGAACCGGAACUCGAGAAUGCUUGGAUGAAUAAUGUUAAGCAUUUGGAGUUUAUAAGCGAUACAAAUUAUAACAAAGAGGAUUCUCAUCUCGCUCGUCUAAUCUUCUCUUCAAAUACUCAUAAUUAUUUCGAUAGACCGGACAUUUCAAAAUUCUCUCCAUGGCAGCCGCGAUCCAGAAGGACGACACUAAAAUCUGGAAUCUCCGUCGAGCCAGGAACGAGUUGCGAUGAGGAUUGUGGAUCGCAAUAUGAAGAUACAAUCACUCUCAAGCAGUUACUCCUUGGAACGAAAAAGCUAUGCGGAAGACGUAAGAGACAUUUGACCCGACUCACUUCAAGAUGGCCGUGUUUUUCAGUCGAUCCGACGAAGAUCAAUUCAUAUUUCAAUGAAACUGGUGUCACUUUGCUGGAAAAUUCGUGUUCCUACCGUCCUGGAACUCAACGAAGCAUUCCAAUAAAACCUACCCGAGUGAUCAGAGUUAGAGAAGAAACUCCAGUUUCCGUUCCAAUUGAGGUUAUUACGAUUGAAGAUGAUUCAGAUGAUUCACCAUGUUUUUCUGCGAGAAAUCGAGCACCAGGUGGAACACGGAAAUAUGGAUUAGAUUUUAUACAAUCUUCGGGUCAUAUGCCAUAUAUUCGUUAUGUUUAUAUGAACAGAGCAAAUGACUUAGUGCCCCAGCUGAAUGGCGAAGAAAAUGGAAAAAUCGAAGGUCUUAUGGAAGCAUAUCCGAUGAAUAAUGCUCACAUGUAUUCAGAUAUUGAGUUCCUGAGAAAAGAAAAAUUGAAUCUUCCGAAGAAUGCUCAAAAAUAUGGCGAAAUGACAAUUCUUGACUAUCCACUAACGAAGACGGAAACGGACGAAUAUAAUAAAAAGAUGUCUGUGAUGAAUGUCAAAGAUUUUGCGGUUAAACCCAGAAAACCUAUUCCAACAGUCGGAAAUACCACUUUAAGUUUGGAUUUGGAAGGAUGUCCUAUAUCGACAUUUUCAGAAAUAUUCUUCCCAAGUGGAAAAACUGAACUAUUCAAUAUUCUAUGCAGACAUUUCUACUCUGAAGCUGGACAACGCCCUGGAUGCUUCUCAGCACAAUGGAAAUCUAGAGUUUUGACUGGCUUCAUCAACAAAUACCAUCAGUACAUUUUCGACAUGAAAUUGAAUUCUUUAUUCGAGAAACAAAUAAAUCUCAUCGCUAUGGUCAGCCCUGACUGGAAAUUAGAAGAUUUUGAAUUGCCCAUGGUUCGAUAUAAGCAAUUGAAAAAAGAAUGGAAAAAUCGCCAACGAGAUAUACCAUCUUCUAAUUAGAUUAUCCCCUUUUUUCCUUGUAUCUUUUUCUUUUUGGAAAUCCUGUGUUUAAUCUCUUUUCCAUUUAUCAAUCAACUAUACCAAAUCGUGGUGGGUGGCAAUUCUACUAAAUGACAUUAAAAAUUAGUCUGAAAACAUAGAAAAUAAUUUGAUUCUUCUGCAAAUAACAUUUGUUUCAGUUGAAACACUUGAAAAAAUGAUUAAAAAUUACCUGGAAGUUGGAAAUUGUCGAAUUUUGCUAUUCGGCAAUUGGAAACUUUCAGACUAUUUUUGUGCAAUUUUCAAAUCUUUCAGCUGAAAUAAAUGUUAUUUUCAUAUUUUUAAAUAAAUUAAUUUUCUAUUUUGAGACUAAUUUUUAAUGAACAAUAUUGGCCAAUUUAUGGAAUUGCCAAAAGUAAUUUCCACCCACCGCUGAUCCCAAAAAUACUACAAUUUUUAGCACCUUUUGACCCAAAGAACGUCGUACUUCAAUGAUCUUCCAGAUUACACGAGUCAUCACUAAGUUUUUCUUCAUUUCUUUUUCUUUCAUUUAAGUUUUUUUCUAUCCAUUUUAUAAGUUCUUUCCUUGAUUGUUCUCUGCUCUACAACUCUUCUUUCUACUCACACUCCAUGGAUGUUGUGAAGCUUCUGUUAUUUUGGAAAUUUUAUAAUUUUACACAACUAUUUGUACUAUCCACUUUCAAGUUUUAAUAUUAUCAUUUUAUCUCUCUGUUUUUUUAAUCAAUAUUUUGACAAAAAAUUUCAUUUGCCAAAAUUUUUUGUAACAAUCAACUAUAUCAUUAAUGCCACACCUAUAAAAUGCUUAAACAUAUGUCCGGAUUUAUUGGGAAGUUAAGAAAUAAUUGUCGUAUG